ACAAAAUCACCAGCUGCUGUCAGCGAUAAAUAUUACUACAGUUGGCUGCUUACUCUACGAAAUCAUUUGCUAUUUACCGCAGUCACUGAAUCCUGCAGCUCAUUUUAGAAGAGAAUAGAAUAGACUAGAAUGCACAAGUACAACGAAACUUUGUGGCCAGUUGUUCUAUCUAGUUAGCAAGCCUAAUUUUAUUAUAAAAUGUGUAAAUGUGCAUGACCUAAAUCAUGCUCCGGCCCUGUUAAGCGUGUUUGGUUUUCCCAACGACACUGUAAACGUAAUAAGUGGUCAAAAGUGCACCGACCAAAGCCCAUUAAUUCUUAAUCCAGUCGAUCUGAGCUAUGAUCUGCGAGAGGCACCCAUUUUUGCUAUUGCUGCAAUCCGUUAUCAACAGAGCUAUAGGAGGGAAACUCAUCCUUGCAGGCAUACGAACUCUCUGGAUAAGCAGCAGAGGACGACCAAGGCACUGGAGUGUGUGACUAAGCUCCAUACCCCGAUGACUCCAUGACCUCCAGUCGGCUCUCCGUGCGAGGUCUGCCCUCCUUGGCCUCCAUCAGCAGCCCUGUCUCUGAUCCACGCUUCCGUUUCAAAUGGAGAGCGAUCACGGCAUUAGCCCUCCUAGGCCUGGGUCUGCUGCUCUACAUGCACCAGACAGCAGGGGGCGCCGUGAGCGAUGGGCAGCAGCGUAGAAGUGACGGCGCAGCGUUGUGGCGCGUGAGCCGGCACGUAGCUGAGGUGCAGCCGUUUGCGGAAUGGACCGGGCGACGUUACAACGCCACCUACCCCCUCAGCCCACCGGAGCGCACGGCCAACGGAAUCCGCUACCGCAUCGCCGUGAUCGCGGACCUGGACACAGGCUCUCGCAGCCGAAAGGACAACACGUGGUUCAGCUACCUGCGACGAGGCCACUUGCUGGUGUCGCACGGCGGGGACUUGGCGGCCGUGGAGUGGGAUCCUGACACGGCCAUGCUGGAGAGCCACCUGGCAGAGAAGGGGCGUGGCAUGGAGCUCUCCGACCUGGUGGCGUUCAACGGGCACCUCUACAGCGUGGACGACCGCACGGGCGUGGUGUACCGCAUCGAGGGCAACCGGGUCGUGCCGUGGGUCAUCCUGGCUGACGGCGACGGCACCGUUUCCAAAGGCUUUAAGGCCGAAUGGCUGGCAGUGAGGGGAGAACACCUGUACGUGGGCGGUCUCGGCAAGGAGUGGACCACCACCACGGGAGAGUUCGUCAGUAACGACCCGCUGUGGGUGAAGGUCAUCGGGUUUCGUGGAGAUGUGCGGCAUGAGAACUGGGCACCCCAGUACGGUGCUCUCCGCAGUGCAGCGGGCAUUGUGCCACCAGGUUAUCUCAUCCAUGAGUCGGUGGCGUGGAGCGAGCACUGGAGGCGUUGGUUCUUCCUCCCGCGCCGCGCCAGCGCCGAGCACUACGACGAGACGGCCGACGAGCGCCGUGCCACCAACCUGGUGCUCAGCUGCCCGGCGGACUUCAGCGGCGUGACGGCGUCGCGGGCCGGCCUGCUGCUCCCCACCCGCGGCUUUUCCGCCUUCCGCUUCGUCCCAGGCACCGACGACAAGACGGUGCUGGCGCUGAAGUCCGAGGAGGACGCGGGCCGCGUUGCCACCUACGUCACAGCCUUCACACUGGAUGGCCGCGUUCUUCUGCCUGAGACCAAGAUUGGCGACGUGAAGUACGAAGGACUGGAGUUCAUUUAGGUGCUCUGAACCUAUUCUCCUCUCAUCUCAGCAGGGGAAAGCAGACCAUUCAGAACAGAGUUUCUGGGCAUGUGAUUGGGGCGAUUUAUUGUCAUAGAAAGAAAUGUCAGAAAAGACAAAAUUUCUCUUUGUGACAUUUCUAUAUGAGCAUGCGGUGCUGACAGUGUAUUCUCCUGCGAGCAAUAAGCUGUCUAGGAGUCGCCAUAGCGACACACCAGAGCGAGCACCCGACACCUGUGUUUCCAUGGUGAGGGAGAUGGAUGAGGUCAAACAAAAGGGAAGCAGGUUCUGCAUGUCAGGUUACAGAGUGCUCUGUGAACUGUCUGCACACUUGCUCUGUGCUCUUAAUAGUUUUACUCUUGUUAAUAGUUUUACAGUGUGCUAUUGUUAGGUGCAGCAUUAAGUGUGUUACUCUUAAGUGUGCACAGAGGUCUUCAGCUCCCAAUGCACAGCAUCAUGGUGAAAAAUAGUGCUGCUAAAGACUCAGGUUUUUUUAAUCAAAAUGCACAAUACAGACUCACCAAACUGAAAAAUGUGAAAGACAAGUAAUUUAUUUUUCUUUUA